CCAUAAUUUCUCAGAGCGAUCUUAGAAACCCAUAUAUUGUCAAAGCAAAGAAACAAAAUGGCGUCAGGAGUGUUUGGUAUCCCCAUUUCAGUGGAGACGUUGAGAGCCACAGGAGAGUAUAACGAACCCAUUAGCCAAAACGAUGUUGCAGACUAUGCCAUGAAGAUGAUCAACGCCGGUGGUAAGGAUAUUGACGCACAAAAUUUCGUCGACAAACUGAAGGAAAGGUACGGUGAUGGAAUAUCUGCAAAAUGCCUCAUCUACAAUGCCACCGGUACCACUUUGAGCUUCGUUACCUAUAAGGAUUGGCAUGGCCAUAUCUAUGAUACACCCUACCCAUCACAGAUUCAGAAUGGGCAAUGGGGGGCAUUUCUCCACGUCCACCCAACUUUCACGUCUGGUUCAUCUGCUGCCGUUGUGUAUCGUAGCAAGGUUCCCUCCAGUGGCAGCUCGUGUGAUUGGUUGUUCUCUUGGGGCAUCCCGUACGUUGGUGACAACGGGGUGUACACUGAAAUUCGUGAGGAAGGGCACUUCCCUAAGCACUGGGAUUAUAUCUACAAUAAGAAGGUGGAAAAUGCAAGUCGCAGCUCCUCUGAUGGCGGUUAUGGAUAUGUUUCCAGGACUGAGAUCGGUGAAGGCACUACAGUAAACGUUCGUGGUGUCUUUCAGCUUCCCUACUAUUAAUAAGGCACUCUUUUGAGUGACUUUCCUACAAAAUCUGAAACUAAAAUAAAGAUAUAUAUGCUAGAAUAAAACAUCGUUGGGAAAUUAAAAUCACAAUUAGAUGCGGAAUCAACCUUCGGUAAUGGAGUACCAUACAAAAGGGUGAUGGAUUCGCCCCACAAGUUUGUACCAAUUUGAAGUUCUUCAAUGCCUGUAUCUAAAUCUAUGUAAUCUUAAUGUGAAGGCUUUGACCUUCUUACUAUGAAUAAAGUUAUUAUUAGAAAAUA